AUGCUCUGGGGAGAUGAGGUCGAGUACUUGGUCGUGACCUACUCAAAGGAUGAGCCCAAGGUCCGUCUGUCUCUCAGACAAGCCGAGAUUCUUACGGCGCUGGCCGAAAGCCCGGAUCUCGCCAAAGAGGGAGGUUGCGUACCAGAGCUCCAGGAAGUCGCCAGGGAACAAUCAUCAGUAACCCUCCCCGUCUUCCACCCGGAAUUCGGCCGCUUCAUGCUCGAAGCCACCCCCGGCAAACCUUGGGGCAUCGGCUUCAAGGAACUCCUCGACGUCGAACCCGACAUGAAGCUCCGCCGCAAGAUCGCAAAGGACCACAUGCACAGCAACGAGUACCCCAUCACCCUCACAACCUUCCCCCGCAUCGGCUGCCCGGGCGACUUCACGGAGCCCUACUACCCGCCCUCGGGCCCCAAACUCCGCUCCCAGUUCGUCCCCGACGAGAUCGCCAACCCGCACAUCCGCUUCCCCACCCUCGCCGCCAACAUCCGCUGGCGCCGCGGCCGCAAAGUCCAGGUCAACGUCCCCGUCUUCCACGACACCAACACGCCCAACCCCUGGAAGGACCCCACCGUCGACCGCGACCUCCACAACUGGCCCGAGGACGACGACGUCCGCAACGGCGCGGCGCCGGAUAACUACAUCCACAUGGACGCCAUGGCGUUCGGCAUGGGCAGCUGCUGUCUGCAAAUCACUUUCCAGGCCAAGAACAUCACCGAGGGCCGCAAGAUGUACGACCAGCUCAGCCCGCUGGGGCCCAUCAUGCUCGCCCUGACGGCUGCCACGCCCGUGUAUAAGGGGUUCCUGGCCAACACCGAUGUGAGGUGGAACCAAAUCAGCCGGGCCGUGGACUGCAGAACCCCUGAGGAACUCGGAGAAAAGCCCCUUCAAAACGACCGCUGGCGCAUCCCCAAAUCCCGGUACGCCUCAAACUCAACCUACAUCUCCACAGACCCGCGCCUCCGCCGAGAAUACCUCGACCCAAACCUCGUCAUCGACACCGCCAUCAAAUCCAAACUCAUGGACGGCGGCAUGGACGACCGCCUCGCCACCCACUUUGCCCACCUCUUCAUCCGCGACCCCAUCGUCGUCUUCCAAGAAGACCUCCAGGAGCUCGACCUCUCCAAGACGGACCACUUUGAGAACCUCCAGUCCACAAACUGGCAACACAUGCGCUUCAAACCCCCGCCCGCAGACAACUCCAUCGGCUGGCGCGUCGAGUUCCGCCCCAUGGAGAUCCAGCUCACCGAUUUCGAAAACGCGGCCUUCAGCGUCUUCAUGGUCCUCGUCACCCGCGCCAUCCUCUCAUUCGACCUCAACUUUUACAUCCCCAUCACCAAAGUCGACGAGAACAUGGAGCGCGCACACGCCGUCGACGCAGUCCUCAGGGAAAAGUUCUUCUUCCGCAGAAACCCUUUCCCCAGCCGCCAAGUCCGCGUCAACAACAACUUCACCCAGGGCCAGAACGGCGAAGACACCGCCACCACCUCGAGCCGACCAGGCUCCCGCCCAGGCUCAGCAGUCCCCAGCCGGCCCCCAACCCCCGUCGGCCCCGUCGAAGACGAAUACGCCGAAAUGACAGUCAACGACAUCAUCAACGGCAGCCACCCGGACACCAUGUCCUCCUCCGACCCGGACGGCGUCGCGUUCCCAGGCCUGAUCCCCCUCGUAGAAUCCUACCUCGACAGCGUAAACGUCGACGUCCAAACCCGCUGCGAACUCGACACCUACCUCCGCCUCAUCAGCCAGCGCGCCUCGGGCCAACUCGACACCGCCGCCCGCUGGCUCCGCAACCUCAUCGACGUCCACCCGGGCUACGCGCACGACAGCGUCGUGUCCGAGGAGGUGCAAAAGGACAUUAUUGCCGCCGUCGUCGCCAUUGGCGAGCGCGAGACGGCCGGGGCCGGGUUCGCGGGGUUGGAUAUUCACGGCCUGCCGAAGUUGCUCGGGAAUUUCCGCCGGGGCUGCGGCGGUGAACAGCAGCAACCGGAGGUCUCCGCGAGGAAGAGGAAGCAUUCUGAACAGGCUUAG